AUGACCACAUUGCUUCCGCGACUCCCAGAAGAUGAAUCACAGUCACAGCAUUGCGACAUCGCGAUGGGUGUAGCGGAAGCCAGCCCCUCAGGAAAACGCGGAUCAACCUUGGCGUCGCGGUUCUCGUUGGUAGACGGGGGAGUAGACGAUAAGCCCGAGUCCUCCAUCCCGAUAUUCAGGCCGCGGCACUCUAACGAUAACCCCUUCCAGCGCAGCGCAGCGGUCUUCCCGCAGUCAGCGCGCCGGGACGCUAGCUCGUUAUUGCAGAUCCCCGUCCAGCGCGCAUCAAUUGCGGCAGCAAAGGACGAAAGUAGAGUGCUCCGCCCGAAGAGCCCCCACGCGCCGACGGUGAUCGACCUCUCAACCCCCCCCUCCGACAACAGGAGCGUGCGAAAACCAGAGGAACCACUGCUAGCGUCGUCAACGCAGAGCGUCCCAGUGCAGCAGCAUCGUGAGCAAAGAAACCAAGCAGUAGUAAGCGGAGUGAUUAUGGGCGGCAACAACUACAGAGGUCGACGGUCCUCGGCACAGGCACGAAGGGGGCGGAGCAAUGGCCGCGGCGGAGGAAAAGGCGGUGGUAGACGCGGCUUCGACUUCUAUGACGGGGGCAACAAACAUGGCACAAGCCGCUACGACAACUACUACUACAGCUCAAACCGCGACCACGACUGGAGGGGCGGCCGGAGCCACAACUACAGCGAGCGUGACGUCCAUAGCCCGACCCAGCGCGGCCACCCGCAC